AUGGACAAGCUCACAGAAGCAUCCGCAUCUGCGCUCCAGCAGGCCAUCGAGCUCGCCAAGGACAACGCGCACCCGCAAGUCGCACCCGUGCACCUCUUCUCCGCCCUUCUCUCGCCAACAACGAGCGCCACGGGCCAGACGAGCCAGACCCUGCUCCACUCGAUCCUCAACAAGGCCGGCGCACAACCUGAAAUCGUCCAGCGCGGCCUCGCCAAGUACAUCGUCCGCCUCCCGUCGCAAGAACCGCCUCCCGACGAUGUCACCCUCACGCCCGCCUGCGCCAAGGUCAUCAAGCAGGCCGAGCAGAUCAUGAAGGACAAGAACGACUCGUUCAUCGCCCAGGACCACCUCAUCCUCGCGUGCAGCCAGGACCCGUCCAUCGUCGCCAUCCUCAAGGACGCCGGCACCACGCCCGACGCCGUCAAGCGCGCCGCCGCCGCCGUCCGGGGUGGCAAGAAGGUGGAUUCCCGCGGUUCGGAAGAAGGGUUCGAGGCGUUGAAGAAGUACGCCAAGGACCUGACGGCCGAGGCGGAAGCUGGACGGCUCGACCCAGUCAUCGGCCGCGACGACGUGAUCCGCCGCUGCAUCCGCAUCCUGUCGCGUCGCACCAAGAACAACCCGGUCCUGAUCGGCGAGCCGGGCGUCGGCAAGACGGCUGUCGCUGAGGGCCUCGCGCAGCGCAUCGUCGACCGCGACGUGCCGCCCAACCUCCUCGGCCGCCUGUGGAGCCUCGACGUUGGCGCUCUCAUGGCGGGCGCCUCCUACAAGGGCCAGUACGAGGAGCGCAUCAAGUCGGUCAUUGACGAGUGCGAGAAGGCCGAGUCGGGCGUCAUCCUGUUCAUCGACGAGGUCCACCUCCUCAUGGCCGGCCAAGGCUCGUCGGGCGGCGGCAUGGACGCGGCCAACCUCCUCAAGCCCGCCAUGGCGCGCGGCAAGAUCCGCAUCAUCGCCGCGACGACCCUGAGCGAGUACCGCCAGUACAUCGAGAAGGACGCCGCGUUCGAGCGUCGGUUCCAGCAGGUCAUCGUCAACGAGCCGUCGGCCGCCGAGACCAUCUCGAUCCUGCGCGGCAUCAAGGAGAAGUACGAGGUCCACCACGGCGUCACCAUCCUCGACUCGGCCCUCGUCGCCGCCGCGACGCUCGCCCACCGCUACCUCACCUCGCGCCGCCUCCCGGACUCGGCCAUCGACUGCAUCGACGAGGCGUGCUCGGCCGUGCGCAUCGCGCGCGAGUCGGCGCCCGAGGACGUCGACCGGCUCGAGCGCGCCAAGCUCCAGCUCGAGAUUGAGCUGCACGCGCUCCAGGGCGAGCUCGCGCGCGACAAGAAGGACGAGGUGUCCAAGGCCAAGAUCGAGGAGUGCAAGCAGGCCAUUGCCAAGAUUGACGACGAGCUCGCGCCCAUCAAGGCGCGCUUCGAGGCCGAGAAGGCCAAGACGGAGGAGCUCAACCGCGUCCGCAAGCGCAUCGACGAGCUCACGGCCAAGGCUGCCGACGCCGAGCGCAAGUACGACCUCGCGACCGCUGCCGACCUGCGGCACUACGCGAUCCCCGAGCUCAACAACCGCCUCGUCAAGCUCGAGGACGAGAAGAAGGCCGAGGAGCGCCAGUUGCGCGCCGAGGGCGGCGAGGCGCUCGCCGGCGACACGGUCACGCCCGAGGCCAUCCAGGCCGUCGUCUCGCAGUGGUCGGGCAUCCCCGUGUCCAACAUGAAGACGACCGAGAAGCAGAAGCUCCUGCGCAUGGAGAAGUCGCUCCGCAAGGAGGUCGUCGGCCAGGACGAGGCCGUCUCGGCCGUCGCCGACGCCAUCCGCCUCAACCGCUCGGGCCUGUCGAACCAGGACCGGCCCAUCGCGAGCUUCCUCUUUGUCGGUCCGACCGGCACGGGCAAGACGCUCCUCGCCAAGGCGCUCGCCAAGUUCCUGUUCGACUCGAGCGACGCCAUGCUGCGCAUCGACGCGUCCGAGUACAGCGAGAAGCACGCGAUCUCGAGGCUCAUCGGCUCGCCUCCUGGCUACGUCGGCCACGAGUCGGGCGGCCAGCUCACCGAGUACAUCCGCCGCAAGCCGUACAGCGUCGUCCUCAUCGACGAGAUCGAGAAGGCCGCGCGCGAGUUCCACCAGUUGUUCCUCCAGGUCCUCGACGACGGCCGCCUCACUGACUCGCAGGGUCGCGUCGUCAACUUCAAGAACACGGUCAUCAUCAUGACGUCCAACAUCGGCGCCUCGUACCUCAACGAGCUGCCGGACGAGGUCGACACGAUCCCGCCGGCCACGCGCGAGCUCGUCCACUCGGCGCUGCGCACGGCGCUCCCGAUCGAGUUUGUCAACCGCGUCGACUCGAUCAUCCUGUACGAGCGCCUGUCGCGCAAGAACGUGCGCAACAUUGUCGACAUCCGCAUUGGCGAGGUGCAGCAGCGCCUGCGCAAGAACGGGCGCGACAUCAAGCUCGACCCGACGCCGGCCGCGCUCGACUUCCUCGCGUCGGUCGGGUACCACCCGCUGUUCGGCGCGCGGCCGCUCAACCGGUCCAUCCAGACCGAGCUCCUCAACCCCUUGUCGCGCUUCAUCCUCAACGAGUCGAUCCGCGACGGCGAGACGGCGCGCAUCGACUUUGACGCAAAGGCCAACCGGCUCGUCGUCGUCCCCAACCACGAGCCAAGCGUCCCCAUGGACGAGGACGACGACGACACGGACGAGGACAUGGCGGACGGUGACGUCGAGGUGGAGGAGCUGGACUGA